GCGCGGCCACGUGACCCGGGCCCGGCAGGAGGUGAGCGGCGCGUUCCUGCUCCGGGAGGCAGCUGGGGCCGGGAGGUGGCCAGCGCCCCCCCCGCCCCGGCGUGACCAUGCUGUCCCGCCUGCUGAAAGAGCACCAGGCCAAGCAGAACGAGCGCAAGGAGCUGCAGGAGAAGAGGCGCCGAGAGGCCAUCACUGCAGCGACCUGCCUGACAGAAGCCUUGGUGGAUCAUCUUAAUGUGGGCGUCGCGCAGGCCUACAUGAACCAGCGGAAGCUGGACCACGAGGUGAAGACGCUGCAGGUCCAGGCGGCCCAGUUCGCCAAGCAGACGGGCCAGUGGAUCGGGAUGGUGGAGAACUUCAAUCAGGCGCUCAAGGAAAUCGGGGAUGUGGAGAACUGGGCGCGGAGCAUCGAGCUGGACAUGCGCACCAUCGCCACGGCGCUGGAGUACGUGUACAAAGGGCAGCUGCAGUCCGCCCCCUCCUAGCCGCUCUGCCCCGCCCUGACUGUCCCCCCACACACACACACCAGGGCCAGCAGCCUGAAUAAAACACAGACUCCA